AAACUAAACAAAACAAAUAACUGUGUUGGGUUGUAUGUCACUACCUCAUUUUUGGAGUUCAUCCUUCUCUCUCUUCUGUCCUCUCUUUGUCACCAUUCUCAUUCUUCUUCACUCAAAUCUAUAAACCCUUUUCUUCUCAAUCCGACGUCGUUUUGUUUUGCUUUCAAGUUCAAAUCCAACACACACAUUCCAUUUUCUAACUCAAAAUGGGUUGCGCUCAAUCACGCAUAGACAAUGAAGAAUCAGUAUCACGUUGCAAAGACCGUAAAAACUUAAUGCGUGAAGCUGUCGCCGCUCGUAACGCUUUCGCCGCCGGUCAUUCCGGUUACGCCAUGGCUCUCAAAAACACCGGCGCCGCUCUAUCCGACUAUGCUCACGGCGAAACUCAUCUUGACGACAUUGAGCUUCAUCCACCGCCUCUUCAUUCUGAUCCGCCUCCUCCACCGCCUUUGGAAGAAUCCCUCCCUCCUCCACCACCUCUUCCACCUAAUUUCUCACCGGCUUCUCUCAAACGCUCUGUAACAUUGCCGCCUGUGUCGUUGCAGUUACAGCACCGCAAGAUCGGCGGUGGAAUUAGUGGUGGAGGUGACAUUGUUGAAGAGGUGGAGAAAGGGAAAGGCGGUGAUGGUGAUGGACUGGUUCACGCGCCUCACGCGCCUCACGCGCCACCUUCUCCUUCUUCUGGGAGUAAAGUGAUGCCGCCACCGCCUUUGCCGGAUUCGAAGAACAUGGCUUGGGAUUAUUUCUUUAUGGAUAUGGAUAAUAUGGGAAGAGGUUCUUUGAAUGAGGAAGAUGAGAUUGAGAAUGAAGAAGGCGAAAUUGAAGGUGAGAAUGUUGAUGUUAAUGGAGGACAUGUGGAGGAUGAGAUUGAACCCAAGACACCGGAGAAAGUUGAGGUUGAUGUGUAUAAUAAGGAGCAUGGACAUGAACAUGAACAUGAGGAUGAUGUGAUAAGAGAGGCUACACAUAUUGAACAUUCUAAAACUGCUCCUGCUGAGUUUAGAAGAGCAAUUAAGGUGGUUCCUUCUGUUACCCUUAUGCAGAUUCUUAGUUCUCUUGAUGAUCAUUUUCUUAAAGCUUCUGAGACUGCUCAAGAUGUUUCUAAGAUGCUUGAAGCUACUAGGUUGCAUUAUCAUUCUAAUUUCGCCGAUGGUCGGGGUCACAUUGAUCAUUCUGCUAGAGUCAUGCAAGUGAUAACAUGGAAUAGGUCAUUCAAGGGUGUAUCCAAUGGGGAGGGUGCAAAAGAUGAUUUUGAUUCUGAAGAUAAAGAAACACAUGCCACUGUUUUGGACAAGUUGUUAGCAUGGGAAAAGAAACUCUAUGAAGAAGUCAAGCAAGGUGAGCUUAUGAAGUUUGAAUAUCAAAGAAAAGUUGCAAUUCUGAACAAGCAGAAGAAGCGUGGUGCCAGUGUUGAAUCAUUAGGAAAAACUAAAGCGGCCGUAAGUCAUUUACACACAAGAUAUAUUGUUGAUAUGCAGUCGAUGGACUCAACAGUUUCUGAAGUGGACCAUAUUCGCGAUUCUCAGUUGUAUCCAAAACUUGUUGCUCUUGUUAUUGGGAUGGCCAAUAUGUGGGAGAAUAUGUUCAUGCAUCAUGACAGCCAGCUGAAAAUAGUUACAGACCUCAAAUCUCUUGAUAUUUCUCAAGAUCAUAAGGAAACAACCAAGCAUCAUUACGACCGCACCGUGCAGCUUUGGAAUGUAAUCCAAGAAUGGGAGUCACAAUUUGAGAAGCUUGUGACUCAACAGAAGCAUUACAUCCAAGCUCUUUUUAGCUGGCUCAAGUUAAAUCUCAUUCCCAUCGAAAGCAACCUAAAAGAAAAAAUCUCGUCUCCGCCAAGAGCCCAAAAUCCACCAAUCCAAGCCCUUCUUUAUGCAUGGCAUGAUUAUCUCGACAAGCUUCCUGACGAGCUAGCGAAAUCUGCUAUUACCUCAUUUGCUGCAGUGAUAAAGACGAUCAUACUUCAGCAGGAGGAAGAGAUGAAGUUAAAGGAGAAAUGUGAGGAAACUAGAAAGGAAUUCUUGAGGAAAAACCAAGCUUUUGAAGAAUGGUACCAGAAGCAUUUACAGCGAAGGGGGCCCGAUGAUCCAGAAAGAGAUGAUGUAAAUACAAACAAUCCGGUCUCGGAGAAGCAGUUUGUCGUGGAGAGCUUGAAGAAGAGAUUAGAAGAAGAAACUGAAUCUCACAAAAAAUUGUGUGUUCAAGUAAGAGAGAAAUCACUCCAGAGUCUCAAAACUCGCUUGCCUGAGCUCUUCCGUGCGUUAUCGGAUUAUACUCAGGCGUGUUCUGAUGCUUAUGAGAAACUGAAGUCAAUUGCACACUCUCAAGGUGGUGGUGCGGCGUGACAAGUUUUUCUGUUCUUUCUCUUUUGAGAAAGUUAGUUUAUGUGUAAUUUUAAACCUAAGUUAAGCUGCAUCCUCACACACGAAAGCAGCAUACAUGUUUUAGCUGAACAUGCUGAUUUAUCAAUCUUGUGUGAAAAUUUUGCCAUAGCUUUGUAGGUUCUAACCAUCCUUAAUUAUGGAAAGCACAUUUGCUUAAGUGUUCAA